AUGGCAGACUUUGGGCUGUAUGAGUACCAGGAGGAGGUGGUUCAGAGGGCUCUCCGGGGGGAGAACAUCAUCAUCUGGCUGCCCACCGGAGGAGGAAAGACACGGGCUGCUGUGUAUGUGGCCAAAAAACAUCUGGAGAAUAACCCUGGAGCUAAGGUGCCUGUGCUGGUCAACAAGGUUCAUUUGGUUGAACAACACUACAACAAAGAGUUCAAACCCUACCUGGGUUGGGACUAUAGCCUGGUGCCUAUCAGUGGAGACUGUGACCAGAAGGACUUCUUUGGCUGCGAGGUCAAGAACUCUGACCUGGUCAUCUGUACAGCACAGAUACUGGAGAAUGCCCUGACUAACCAGGAGGAGGGAAAACAUGUCGAGCUCUCACAGUUCACUCUGCUGAUCAUUGAUGAGUGCCACCACACUCAUAAGGAGGGUGUCUACAAUAAGAUCAUGGGGCGCUACGUGGCUCAGAAGCUGAAGGGGGAGAGAAGGCUGCCGCAGAUCCUGGGCCUCACUGCCUUUCCUGGGACAGGGGGAGCCAAGAGCAUCAAAGGAGCUGUGGACCAUGUGCUGCAGAUUUGUGCCAACCUGGACUCAGUGAUUGUGUCGUCCAAAGUGUACGCCCCUGAGCUGAAGAAAAAGGUCCCCAGACCCAGGAAAAGGUUUGACAUCGUUGACAGAAGACCUCAGGACCCAUUUGGGGAUCACCUGAAGUUCAUGAUGCAGUUUAUCCAUGACUUCAUGGCCUUAGGGCCUGACUUACCUGUCAAGGAGUUUGGCACGCAGGAGUACGAGGCAGAGGUGGUGAUUCUGGAGAAGAAGGGUGUGACAGACAGGAACAGACUGCUGGCCCAGUGUGUUCUCCACCUGCGUCAGUACAACAAUGCCCUGCUCAUCAACGACACUGUGCGCAUGGUGGAUGCCUUUAGGGUCCUGGAGUCCUACUAUAGUACCAAGACCUCCACCGCCACGGAUGGAACCGACUUCUUCCUGCUUGGGCUCUACCAGGAGAACGAGGUGGAGCUGAGGAAACUGGCAGGCGAUGCCCGGUUUGAAAACCCUAAGAUGAGGAAGCUUCAGAACACCCUGCUGGAGCAGUUUGACCAGGGUGAACACUCCAGAGGCAUCCUGUUCUCCAAGACCCGUAAAAGCACCCACUGCUUGUAUGACUGGGUGUCCAACAUCCCAGCACUGCAGCGUGCUGGUAUCAGGGCAGCUAUUCUGACUGGCACUGGCAAUGGCACCAAUUACAUGACCCAGAAUGAGCAGAAGGACACAAUCCGCAACUUCCGCCUGGGCUCCCUCAACCUCCUGAUCUCCACCAGCGUAGCCGAGGAGGGCCUGGACAUCCCAGAAUGCAACCUGGUGGUGCGCUACGGGCUGCUGACCAAUGAGAUCGCACAACAGCAGGCCAGUGGCCGGGCUCGGGCGAGUGACAGCGUUUAAUCUGUGGUGGCCCAGGCGGGGGGGCGGGAGGUGCGUCGGGAACUCCUCAAUGAAUGUCUGGAGGACUUGACUGGCAGGGCCAUCGGCGAAGUGCAGAGGAUGGAGCCCAGGGAGUUCCAAAUGAAGAUCACUGAUCUCCAGACAGAAGCCAUGUUGACCAGACAGUUGGCAGAACAGUUGAAGAUCAAGAAGAGGAGUCGUUUCAGUGCUGCUACGGUUCAGCUCUCGUGUCGAGGCUGUUUUCUGCCCGUGGCCUUCGGCAAUGACAUUAAAGUCAUUGAAAACAUCAACCCGGACUUUGAGAAGUACUAUAAGACCGGUGAGCAGACCCCGCUAAAGACUUUUGAGGACUGGGAGCCAGGCCGUGUGAUCAGCUGUGCUGCCUGUGGCAAGCAAUGGGGAAGGGAAAUGGUAUAUAAGGAGAUUGCCCUGCUGCCCAUUCUGGCCAUCGAGAACUUUGCCAUGGAGACUCCGGAGGGAAGAAAAUUAGCCAACAAGUGGAAGAAAGUUGAGUUUACAGUGGAGGAGUUUAACUUCAGCAUGUACUGUCAAAACAAAUUCCUUAACAUGUUGGAUUGAUACGCUAUUACACUGGAGGAAGGACUGUAACUGGGGGCUUUCAUGGUGCUUCCACCUCGUACUGUUUUCACCUUUCCACUAACCUUCUCUUCCUUCCUCUCUCUGUCUGUCAGUCUGUGUUUCUUAGUCUAGACUACCAUUGUGUUACUUAUGCAUGAUCCUGAAGUGUGUCAUUGUCCUAUUUUUUAUUUUAUUUCACCUUUAUUUAACCAGGUAGGCUAGUUGAGAACAAGUUCUCAUUUACAACUGCGACCUGGCCAAGAUAAAGCAAAGCAGUGCGUCACAAGCAACAACACAGAGUUACACAUGGAAUAAACAAACGGAUGGCACUGUGAUAGACUGCAUCCAAUUUGCUGAGUAGAGUGUUGGAGGCUAUUUUGUAAAUGACAUUGCCGAAGUCAAGGAACGGUAGGAUAGUCGGUUUUACGAGGGUAUGUUUGGCAGCAUGAGUGAAGGAAGCUUUGUUGCGAAACAGGAAGCCAAUUCUAGAUUUAAUUUAGGAUUGGAGAUGUUUAAUGUGAGUCUGGAAGGAGAGUUUACAGUCUAACCAGACACCUAGGUAUUUGUAGUUGUCCACAUAUUCUAAGUCAGAACCGUCUAGAGUAGUGAUGUUGGACGGGCGGGCAGGUGCGGGCAGCGAUCGGUUGAAGAGCAGGCAUUUAGUUUUACAGGGGGAGAGAUGGAGUGCCUUGGGUAUGGUUGGCCCUGUUAAAUCAUGUCUUGCCAGGCCUACACACUGCUAUAGGCAGUGUGACGCUGCAGUGUGCUAAAGCAUGUUACACAAUGGUCAGGGUUAGAAUUAGUGCGUCAGCUUUGUUUAUGCCCAAGGUCCUCUCUACCCUCUUUCCCUCCCCCUCCCUCUCUCUCUCCUGGGUUUCUUCUGCUCCAUCGCAGCCAAGCACGCAGAAACAUGUGAACUUAGCACCCCUGUUCUAACAUGAACUCAAAUGAUCUGUUUUUCUAUUUUUAGUAGUAUCAGCAUGGUCCAUAUUUUGUCAUGAAUGGUAUUUACUGUGAAUCGGUACUGUCCUUGUUUUAGAUUGAACCUGAAACUUAUUCCCCUCGCCUGAUACUCUUUGAUAUUUGAUGCUACUUGAUCAUGUAUGAAAAAUGUUAAAAUUGGGAAUUCAAUAUAUUCCAUAUGUGUACCAUUUUAAUGUGUGUUGACAAGGGUGUAGAUUUCCUUGCCUAAAUUAAUGAAAUGAUCUACUGUAAUAUUUUUUAUUUAUUCUUGAUAAAUUAUUUGGUAUUAUUUGUCUGAACAUGUCUAUAUUGAAUGUUAUAAAUGAAAAAUAAAAUAACUAAUAGAUA